AUGUACGAAAUUCAAAAGAAUAUGCACUUACAUCUUGCUUACGAACAUAUCGAGCGUCAAUUUUCUCCGAGAAACCCGUCUCCCGGUAACAAUGAGAACGCAUUAGGAAAUACUUGCUACGCCAUCCAAGAAAUUCUUUGUAGAGAUGCUCCCGCAAAUUCGAGUACUGACUCAGAUGAUGAUCAUAUUAAAGCUUUACCCGAACCCGAGUUACGGCCAUUAAACAUUGACGACCCCGUUUUUCGGUAA